AUGGAGUACCUUUCAGCCUUGAACCCCAAUGGACUGCUGAGGUCAGUAUCCACUGUGGGCUCUGAACUUGGCCGUAGGGUCUGGCACUCAGCUCCACCACCUCAGCGACCCUUCCGUGUCUGUGAUCACAAGCGGACAGUCCGGAAAGGACUGACAGCUGCCACCCGCCAGGAGCUACUAGAAAAGGUACUGGAGACCCUGCUGUUAAGUGGAGUGCUAACGCUGGUACUGGAGGAGGAUGGGACCGCCGUGGAGAGUGAGGACUUCUUCCAGAUGCUCGAGGAUGACACAUGUCUGAUGGUGCUAGAGCGAGGACAGAGCUGGAGUCCCAGGAGUGGGAUGUUGUCAUACGGCCUAGGACGGGAGAAGCCAAAACAUAGCAAGGACAUCGCCCGAAUCACCUUUGAUGUGUACAAGCAAAAUCCUCGAGACCUCUUCGGCAGCCUCAACGUCAAAGCUACAUUCUACGGGCUCUAUUCCAUGAGCUGUGACUUUCAAGGAAUUGGACCCAAAAAAGUGCUCAGGGAGCUCCUUCGUUGGACUUCCUCACUGCUGCAAGGCCUGGGUCAUAUGCUGCUGGGAAUUUCGUCUACCCUUCGCCACGUGGUGGAGGGUGCUGAGCGGUGGCAGUGGCACAAGCAGAGUCACCUCCACUCAUAA